GCCCACACCAACCUGCCAAACGCCGAUCUCAAAAUCCCACCGGCACUCGUCUUAAUUUUUUUCACUUGGGGAAAAAAUUCUGUUCUGCGUCGUCGUCGUCUUUCGCUCGCGAUUGUCCUUGUCCUCCGCCAACGGCCAACGCCCGACCGGCCGUCGAAGAAACGCACGCGGGGUGCCAUCUCCGACGAGACCUUGAGCGCUUCCGUACCCGCAUACGUAUGUUCCUCGUUGCUCCUCACCCUUCUCGCCUCUAUUUUUAAUCCUUGCGUCCUACGGAAACUCCCGUUGUCUGUCGUUGUCAACUCUUUAAUCCAGGAUUGGAGCUCCGUCUACAGCAUUAUGGACUCAGUCAAUGGAUUAACAAGUUUGAGAGGAAAGAAACCCCUCUUCUCUUUUGGGAUCAUUUCCGAUAUCCAAUAUGCUGAUAUUCCUGACGGUCUGUCAUUCCUUGGUGUUCCACGAUACUAUCGGCAUAGCAUUGCCGUAUUGCAGAGGGCAGUUAAGCAAUGGAACCAUCACAGGAAUCUCAAAUUCGCAGUUAAUCUUGGGGAUAUUGUUGAUGGGUUCUGCCCCAAGGAACAUUCUCUUGAUUCUGUCUCGAGAGUUGUGAAUGAAUUUGAGAAAUUUAAUGGUCUCGUCCGUCACAUGAUUGGCAACCAUUGCCUUUACAAUAUGCCCCGCAGCAAAUUGCUUCCAUUGUUGAAGAUUCCAAGCAUUGAUGGCUGCGCCUAUUACGAUUUUUCUCCGACAUCAGGAUACAGAUUUGUUGUGCUGGAUGGAUAUGAUAUAAGUGCCAUUGGUUGGCCUGAAGAUCAUCCCAAGACACAACAGGCCUUGAAAUUUCUUCAGGAUAAGAAUCCAAAUUCGGACAAGAAUAGUCCGGAUGGGCUAGUGGGUACUGAACGACGGUUCCUCAUGUUUAAUGGAGCCGUUGGGGAAGAACAGCUUCGCUGGUUGGAUAGUGUUCUUUGUGAUGCUACAAAUUUGAAACAGAAGGUAGUGGUGUGCUGUCACUUGCCUUUAGAUCCAGGUGCAUCAACUGAAGAAUCGCUCUUGUGGAAUUUCGAUGAAGUAAUGGGUGUGAUCCAUAAGUACAACUGCGUGAAGGUCUGCCUUGCUGGGCACGAUCAUAAAGAUGGCCACUCGAUCGAUUCGCACGGAGUACAUCACAAAGUGUUUGAAGCUGCAUUGGAGUGCCCUCCCGGGACAGAUGCUUUCGGGUACAUCGAUGUAUAUGAUGACAGGUUAUCGCUUUGUGGUACCGGUAGAAUAGAGAGCUGCGAUAUGCAUUUUAACCAUUGAGCUGCGAUGUACAUCAGGGUGUAUAGAAUUUGGAUUAUUUUCGCCAUCAUUAUAGAGAAUGUCUUUGUGUUGGGAUCCUCUUGAUUACCCGGCUUCCUUUAUCAUAGCCUGGGGAAGUAUUGGCUAAAUGUGGAGCACUGGCGCAA